GAUGUGAUGUCUAAAAAUGUAAUUUACUCGCAAGUUCUUUCUUCGUUCGUUCGAUGGAUAUUGACUUGUGUUGCGCCAAAUUCAGCCAUUGGGAACGGGAGCGGGAACAAGAACAAGAAAAUCCUUCCUGAUCAAACGGGAAAUUGAGAUCCAGGAAGCAGGUUAACCUAUGGAAAUGGAGAAUCAGCUGGUUGAACUCUGUCUCAAUUCGGCCUGUGAGAGCAAGGACAGCGUCGAGAAAUGGCGGAGGCAGAAGCGGAGCCUCGAGCGUUUGCCCUCUCAUCUCGCGGAUGCUCUUCUUCGCCGUCUACAUGCUCGUCGUCUCCUCUACCCUUCUCUUCUCGAAGUUGUCAAAUAUACCAUAGAGGUGGUUGAUCUAAGUGGUGAAAAUGCUGUCGAUUCAGAAUGGAUGGCCUAUAUAGGGGCAUUUCGUUACUUACGCUCAUUAAACGUCUCAAAUUGCCACAGGCUAUCUAGUUCUGGUAUAUGGGCUGUUGCAGGGAUGACUACGUUAAGGGAGUUGAACAUUUCUAGAUGUUUGAAAGUUACCGAUGCUGGAAUUAGGCAUCUCUUGUCCAUACCAACUUUGGAAAAGCUAUGCAUUGCUGAGACUGGCAUCACUGCUCGUGGAGUUACCCUCCUUUCUUCCCUGAAGACAUUGAUGUUCUUGGACUUGGGUGGUCUACCUGUCACCGAUCAGGCCCUGAGUUCUCUUCAGGUGCUUACGAAAUUACACCACCUUGAUCUUUGGGGUAGCAAAAUAUCCAGCAGUGGAUCUGAUGUUCUACAAAUGUUUCCAAAGUUGAACUUCCUGAACAUAGCUUGGACUAAUGUCACCAAGUUCCCAAACUUGCCUCAUCUAGAAUGCCUGAACAUGAGUAACUGCAUAAUUGACUCUACACUUAAAGGGCCUGGUGAUAAAGUUCCUCUGAAAAAACUUAUUGCCUCUGGUGCUACAUUUUCCAAUGAGACUGAAGACCUGGGAUUUGUUGGAACCAGUUUCCUAUAUCAUCUGGACUUUUCGAAUGCUUCUCUUCACAGAUUCUGCUUCUUAACUGAUAUGAAAGCAUUAGAAUAUUUGGACCUUAGCUCUACUACCAUAGGAGACAACUCAAUUAAAUUAAUUGCGUCUGUUGGGGAAAAUUUGAAAAAUCUGAACCUCAGCUGCACAACAGUCAGCUCAUCUGGAGUUAGAAUUUUGGCCGGGAAACUACCUAAACUUGAAACUUUAUCACUAUCUCAUACCAUGAUUGAUGAUGUUGCCCUAUCAUAUAUAAGUACGAUGCCUUCCUUGAAGAGUAUUGACCUCAGUGAAACAGACAUUAAAGGUUAUAUUCACCUAUCAGCUGCAGAGGGAAGUGAAUUUCUCUCAUUGACAAAAUUGCGAACCCUUGAUUGUUUAGAAAUGUUGAAUCUGGAGCAUACUCACGUUGAUGAUGGAUCUCUACGCCCAUUAUCAAAAUUCCCAAGGCUGAGUCACUUGCUGAUCAGAAGUCCCUCAUUUACGGAUGUGUCCCUGAGCUACUUGUCAAUUUUGCCCAACCUGAAAACCUUCAGUAUUCGUGAUGCAGUUUUGACUAACCAGGCAUUUGAUUUUCUCAAGCCUGCGGCAACUCUGCAAAAGAUUGACUUGAGAGGUUGUUGGCUCCUCACUGAGGAUGGUCUUUUGGAAUUUCACAGAAGGUUUCCACAAAUUGAAGUUAGACAUGAACUUUUUCACUUCUUAUCUGAUCCUACUUCCUCCAACCGACCAUCAACCCAUCUCACUCCAAAGAAAUUACGACUGAACCAGAGAAACAGAUCUACUGUCACGUCACCAUAUUUUGUAGAUCAAAGGUUGAAGUACAGCAGAGAAGAGCUACUUGCCCUACAGUUUUCUUCGUUGGCCCACAGUUCCACAUCUACUCCUGAAACCAGUCAUAAGUCUGAUUCCUGAAGACGCAGUAACAAGCAGUUGCCUAAAGUAUUCUGAGAAUUGAAUUAUUUGGAAACUAGUGGAAUUUCGUUGAAGCAUGCUUCAGUUUGAAUCUUAAUUACAUGGAUUGUUUCUGGUUGAGAUCAACCUGAAGGAUACUACAAAGCGUGGGAUAGAAACAUUUGAGGUUAGCACUGCAGAAGAAGGGACGGACAUUGAGAAAGGGAGAAUCUCAGUAGAGGAAAUGUAUAAGAGGUUUAAACUGGAACAGAGUUUCUUUUGAUUUAAUGCAAGGAGAAAGUGAACCUGGAGUAAACUUGUGUAUCUAAAAAGGGGAUGAAUAGUCUAUGUUCUUCCAUAGAUUGCUAGAUUGCAGAAAGCUGGAGUCAGUAUCAUAGAAGACACGACGUCCCUAGACGAUCAUGGUAGUUUCAUUUUUGGAAGGUACCUUUCAGUUCUAAUUAUUUGCUAAUCCUAUUUUACUAUUGAUGACUGAGGCUCAUUAUAUUUAGAUCUCUUAAGUUAACUUACCCAUUACGUGAGUUAUGUAUUUUGGUAAUAUAGAGAAAUUUUCAUCGAGUGUAAUAAUUUUUGUUAUAUAGAUGAGAACAAAUCAGUGAGAUUCCCAAAGGAAAAUGAAAUGAAAAGAAAAAACUGAAUGCUGUUGCCUAUAUGUGAAGUUGUCCAUAAUAUUGCAUUUUCUUC